AGUCUCGUUUCCCCACCGAGUCCUACUUGACCAUGCUCCACCGCACCCACUGGAAGCUGGAGGCUGCCCGGGUGGCUGGAGCAUCCCUGUUUUGUUAACCAUCACCGACCCAGCGCCAGUGAACAAACAAGCAAACAAAAAAAGAGGGAGCAGAGCCUCAGCCUGAUGUUGAGCGUCUGAGCAGACAUGGGAUGCAGGUGGGGAGAGGUUGCUCAUCCAUCGCAGAAGAGUUAGCCGCCCGGUGCUUUUUCUUUAAUUCAACACCACAUCCAACACCAUGGCCAAGCAGUACGAUGUGCUCUUCCGACUCCUGCUUCUCGGAGAUUCUGGGGUUGGGAAAACAUGUUUGUUGUGCAGAUUCACGGACAACGAAUUCCACCCGUCUCACAUCUCCACCAUCGGAGUCGACUUCAAAAUGAAGACACUAGUAAUAGAUGGUAUCAAAGUACGGAUACAGAUAUGGGACACUGCAGGCCAAGAAAGAUACCAGACCAUCACUAAGCAGUACUACAGACGAGCACAGGGAAUCUUCCUGGUGUAUGACAUCACGAGUGAGCGAUCCUUCCAGCACAUCAUGAAGUGGGCCAGUGACGUGGACGAGUACGCUCCCGACAAGGUCCAGAAGAUCCUGGUAGGGAACAAGUCGGACGAGGUGGACAAGAGGCAGGUGGCCACGGAGCAAGGUGUCAAGCUGGCCAAGGCUUACGGAAUGGACUUCUUCGAGACAAGUGCCUUCACCAACCAUAACAUAACAGAGACUUUCACACGCUUGGCUGAACAGGUGCUGGCGGCCAACAAAAAGGACCUGGAUCUCCUCCGGAUGUCCAUCAACGACGAGAUCAAUCUCGCGGCUCUGGAGGAGGAGGAGGGGCUCCUCUGUGACGGUGCGGCGGGCGACCAAGGCAAAGGCUGCUGGUGUUGAAGAAAUGACUGACAUUAAGUACAUUUUUGAGUUAUCGCCACACACUCUGCACACUCCGGGCAAAAUGUGUCCCCUUUUGUCGGCAGGCGGUAGUUUUUGAAACCGGUCACGUCCCUGUGUUCUGAACAGUUUCAAGGACGACGGUAGGAAUGUUUUGCCACGGGGCGACGAGUGUGUGGUGAAAUAACCGACUAAGGGUCCAAAUGUCAAGGUUGACCCCAGUGGGACUGAAUGUUCUUUGUCUAAAGCACUAAUUUUCACCCAGUUCGGUGUGUUUGAUCCAACCAAAUGCAGUCCCCCGUCCACCACUAAUUCGACAAUGACAUACAGCUCAAGAGGCUGAAUACAAAACAUCAGGGAGGGCUGGAAAUUAAGAUUUUAUCACCUUUUUCUUACAUAAUUUGUACAGUAUCCUGAUCUUGAGUACGAUGAGGGACUUGGGAUUGUCCGCCACUGACUUGAAGCUUUUCUCAGUGUCGCAGUUUUUCACAAAGCUUUUCACAAAGCGCUGUCACUGGUUUGGAUCACGGGGCUGGGUGGCUCCCGCAGCCUUUUCCUUUUCAAACAUCGAAUGCAUUAGUUGUAGUGUGAGGAUUAUACCACAAGAGGGUGCUAGAUGCAUUGCAAAAACAGCACACACGUUGAGAGUGUAAUGAUAGUACUUCACUGACUUUAUUCUGUACUUAUUUUUCAUUUUCUUUUGGUCAUAUUUGCACUCGCAGUAGCUACCUUUAAUGCCAUGAAAAUGAUUUUAAAUAUAUGCAGCCGUUUUGUUGUUUUCACACUGUUUUCUUUCGCUCUGAUCAUUUGCAGUAAACCAGUGCCAGUCAUUAAAAGAGAGAUCAGAAUGAUUACUUUUUCCCUGUAGCAAAACUGGAAAUAUUUUAUCAUUUUAUAGUCUUUGUUUGUAACAGAAAGAAUCCUAUGGUACAGAUGAUCCGCAUUGUACAUACCAGGCUUUCCAAAGCUUCCUAGAUGGGUAGAAUCAUGAGAGAACCACAUUGAUUUACUGUGGUACUGUUAGAGGGCUGUAUAAAAAAAGUCCAAAGUGAUAUUCUAGAGGAAGAUUAAGAAAAAAAAAAAAAAAGAAAAAAAAACAUGUCUUGGUCAUUCUGUCCUUUCUCUCACUGUUUUGUACAGAGUCAAGUGGAGGUGCCAUUUCUUUCUUUCUUUGGAGCUGACAAAUGACAAGCGAGAGUUUUGCAUGCGUUCCGCCCCUUCUUCCUUUUCUUUUAAUCGCAACUUCAGUGAAGUUAAUAAUCAACCGACCGUCAUUGUAUGAGUACAGCAUUUGACCAGAGUUGCCUGUUGGAGAAACAGACUGACCAUGAUGGGAUGAACUUUGGCUACCUUUAUUCUUUAUUUUUUUUUUCCCAACCUCGUGGAAUAAAUGCUACUAAAAGAAAAACCUUGUGUAUAUGUGCACCGUGUGUGAAAUGGCGGUAUGUUGUGCUGAAUGAUGUUCUGGACGAAGCUCCGGACACACAAUGUGUCAGUGUUGUUCUCAAGAACUAUUUUUUUUUUUCCCCCUCCUUUCUUUCAGACGACUACUUUAACUUGUACUUGUGGAAAUAUACUACAUGCAACAUGUAAAAUGCAACAUGUUAUUCUUGGAGAAAAGAUGUCAGAUGUUUAUGAGUAAAUACUUGCAGAUAUACGA